AUGAAGCAUGUAAGGCAUUUCACCCCCUCCUUAUUUCUCAGUUUGGUGCAUGUUUGCCUGGUUCAGGCAAAUUAUGCCCCCUAUUUCUUUGAUAAUGGAGCCAGAAGCACAAACGGGAACAUGGCACUUCUCAGCCUUUCAGAGGACACGCCUGUUGGCACCCACGUGUACACUCUGAAUGGAACUGACCCAGAAGGAGAUCCUGUGACAUAUGGCCUGACCUAUGAAGCUGGAUCAAGGCGUUACUUUUCUGUUGACAAGAAUCUUGGAAAUGUUACUUUGAUUGAAGAGCUUGACAGAGAGAAGGAAGAUGAAAUUGAAGUUAUUGUCAGUAUUUCAGAUGGCCUGAGUACAGUUUCUGAAAAAGUCAGGAUCCUUGUAAUGGAUGCCAAUGAUGAGAGCCCAGAGUUCAUCAAUACACCUUACAUAGUCCAAGUCCCAGAGAACACUCCCUCCAGCAGCAGCAUCUUUAAGAUUGAGGCAAUAGACAAAGACACGGGUUCUGGAGGAAGCAUUACCUACUUCUUGCAGAACAUCCAUGCUAACAAGUUCACGAUAGACCGUCACAGCGGCGUCCUGCGCAUCAAACCUGGGGUCACCCUGGACUACGAGAAAUCAAGAACACAUUUUGUUGUGGUUGUAGCCAAGGAUGGUGGUGGGAAGCUCAGGGGAGACAACAAAGUCUUUUCAGCCACAACAACAGUUACUAUCAACGUGGAGGAUGUUCAGGACACCCCCCCAAUGUUCAUUGGGACUCCCUACUAUGGAUAUGUCUAUGAGGACACGCUUGCAGGCUCUGAGGUCCUCACUGUUGUUGCUCUUGAUGGAGACAGAGGAAAGCCUAACAGUAUUCAUUACUGCAUCGUGAAUGGAAGUGAAGGUUCAUUUGAAAUCAGCAACACAACUGGAGCCAUUUCUGUGAUAAAAAGCCCAAAUCAGCUCAAGAAAGAAGUGUAUGAACUUAAAGUUAAGGCAUCAGAAGUCAGUCGGGAAGGUGACAUCUCCGAGCACACAUUUGCCAUGGUGACCAUACGGGUGGUGGACCUCAACAACCACCCACCAACAUUCUAUGGAGAAAAUGGGCCUCAGAACAGGUUUGAGCUGACCAUGUAUGAGCAUCCCCCAGAGGGUGAAAUCUUACGGGGAUUGAAGAUCACAGUCAAUGAUUCAGAUCAGGGAGCCAAUGCUAAAUUCAACCUCCGUCUUGUUGGACCUGGUGGCAUCUUCCGAGUGGUUCCUCAAACUGUCCUGAAUGAAGCUCAGGUUACAAUAAUAGUGGAAAAUUCUGGUGCCAUUGACUAUGAAAGUUUCAAGGUGUUAACCUUCAAGCUUCUUGCAAUUGAGGUGAACACACCGGAGAAAUUCAGCUCGACGGCUGACGUGGUGAUUCGCUUGCUGGACACCAAUGACAAUGUCCCCAAGUUCUCCUCUGACUACUACAUUGCCAGGAUCCCUGAGAACUCCCCAGGGGGCUCCAAUGUAGUUGCUGUUACAGCUACAGAUCCAGAUUCAGGGCUUUGGGGAGAAAUCAAGUACUCUAUCUACGGAACAGGAGCAGAUCUGUUCCUAAUCCACCCAUCAACAGGUAUAAUUUACACCCAGCCCUGGGCUGUGCUAGAUGCUGAAGUGAGCUCAAAGUAUAAUUUCUAUGUGAAAGCAGAGGACACAGAUGGGAAAUACAGCUUGGCUGAAGUGUUUAUCACCGUGCUAGAUGUCAAUGACCACUCUCCAGAGUUCAAUGAAAACAUCCAGGAGAAGACAAUGAUCAUUGGGUCACCAGUGAAGAUAGAGGCCAUAGACCAAGAUGCAGAAGAGCCCAACAACAUUGUGGAUUAUUCCAUCAUGCAAGCAGAUCCAGCCAAUGUGUUUGACAUAGACCAAAGCACCGGGGAGAUCAAGCUGAAAUCCUAUAUCAGAUCUCUGGACAUCAUCCACAACAUCACAAACAAUAAAGACUGCAUAUGGUCACUGGUGGUGCAGGCCAAAGACAGAGGCUCCCCAUCCUUCAGUACCACAGCAGUUCUGAAGAUUGAUAUCACAGAAGAGACUCUUCACAAAGGGCCUAUGGCCGCCUUUUUGAUGCAAACUAAAGAUAACCCCAUGAAAGCCUUAGGAGUGCUAGCUGGUGUCAUGGGCAUAAUGGUGCUGAUAACUAUCAUGAUCUCUACUGCCAUGUUCUGGCGCAACAAGCGGUCCAACAAAGUCAUGCCGGUGAGGAGGAUCAUAAAAAAGAGACAGGUGCCGCCAUCCCGGACAGUCAGGAUGGAGUGGCUGAAGUUCAAGAGGCCCAGCAACGCUGCAGAGAAGUUUGUGGUUGAGGAGGACGUGAAGAGCCUACACAAUGAGAACAGCAACAAUAACGUGCAGGUUGUCCCCGUGCCGCCGGCAGCCCCCGUGCCCCCGCCACCCCCUGCCCUGGCUCCCCGAGGUGAUGGCCCAGGGUGGCGAGUGCCAACCGUGUCCGGCUCCCUCACUCCCAAGCAUGUCAUCAAGCCACCGAAGAAGAAAGGUCACAGCAGCACCCACAACGCCCUGGUGUCAGAGCUCAAAAUGAGGUUUGAGAAGAGGAACGCAGCUUUCGGGGAGCCCCACAUCUAG